AUGGUCAUCGUGCCGCAACUGUCCCACAAAAUGCAUGCCAGCCCAGCGAAGCGAAAGCCUACAUCAAUAUCGAAGGAGAGGAAGAAGAAGAAGGAAAGAAGGAAAAGAGGCACCGAUGUCGCUACUGGCGAAACAAUACAAUUCGAGGACUACGGCCUCAGACUAUCUACGAGCCGUUGGCGAGCAUAUGGAACUAAAGAGGAAGAGUCGCGAUUUGGAGAGAUUGGGCCAAUUGGUACAAUCCUAGCUGGUGCAACGAAGACAGGGAAAAAGGACGCGGGUCAUACAAGGGGUCGAAAGCGUUCAUUUUGGUCGCAGCGCUGCCCAGAUGUUGCAGCAAUAUUGGGUGUAACGCGAAUGAUUAUGAGGCAGACUCGAUGCGCUGGAAUUGAGGCGUGUAAGGAUGAACCUGGUAUACAAGCAACCACAUGUUUAACAUUCCAGUCCAUGAGACUUGAAUAUACCUCGUUGCUUGAAGUGAUGGCGCGCCUAGGGAUCAUAAGCGAUUCAAGCAGCGCCGGAUAG